AUGCCGACGUCACUCAAGCUGUACAAAGGCGUAGGAAAAAGAAGAAGAAGAUUACGAUCAAAAACAAAAAUUCAUCCACUAAGAUUUCGAUUCUCGAAAAAAAAGAUAACCAGGUGCCAGUGGAGUCUGAAACGCAUCUGUCGAAGCAAAAAAAAAAACCAAAAAAAUGUCUUUGCAGCUGUUGGGUAUACAUUCCUUAUGUGAGUUUUAAUGGUAAAAAAUUCAAUAUGUUUUCCCCAUUGACUUUCUUCAUUUCAGCAUGAAGCCAUGAUUCCGUGGAUCGUCGUUUUCUUGAUCUUUGACGCGUCGAGCGGCUCCAGAGCAAUCAGCAGCGUCGGAAACGUGAAACCGAAAAAACCCUCGGGCGGCGUCGUCAGAAUAGGUCAUCUCCAUCCAGGAAGGCCGAACAUCGUUCAUGAGCCGGACGUGCUAAAGAUGUGUGCUCGGGAUCUUAAAGCCAGAAAUAUUCUUCCGGUCAACUAUACUGUCGAGUGA